AAUAGGAAUGUGAUGGAAAUGUAUAUAUUUUUCUUUAUUUUCUAUUUUCCAUAUUGUAUAUUCUCUAUUUUCCAUAUAUUCUAAUUGCAGAGGUGUUGACCUUCAGUAUUUUCUAUGUGUACAUGACUAAAACAUCUGUCAGCAUUCCUCUAAAAAGGGACUGGCUAUGACCUGUUAGAACUGUUCUGAGAAGUUACUGUUCAAGGUCACAGUCGAUCCUUGGACAGCCUUUAUCAGUAUAAAAGAGACUGUACAGAAUUGUAUUCUGUCUUUCUAACUACAGAGCUUCUGUGUGUUGGAUUGAUCAUUCUUGCAAGAAUUAAACAGCCAAAGACAAAUCCUUUGACUGUUUUUUUUAUUCUCAGUCUCACAUUUAAUAAAAGAUUUUGAAUUGUUCCAUGACAAACUGCCGAAGAGGAUGGGAUCCCGUGUGUGAUUCGUCUGGACCUGAAACGUUGGUGACUGAUCAUCCUAAUAUAAAAAAGAGGAUUAUAGACCCUACCCCACAAAGCCUUCAGGGACAAGGGGACCAACGUCAGAGGGCCCGGACCUGCACCACCGGGGUCUCAAUGGAUUAAAGAAGCGUGCAAAGCGAAAACCGCAGUGUGCUAAAGUGACAACUUUGACUCCUGGCCCCACCAACCACCUCCAUCGUAUAAUGUCCAUCAGCAAUGCCGCCGCUAGACCAAGAUCAAACCCAAGAACUCGGACAUCCAAGUCCAGAAACAGCAACCCCCUCUGCAGCGUCCGCAUCAUUGUCCACUCCACUCAAAAUCAUCAUGCACUCUCAGAAGGUCACAACAGUGGAAAGAGGAACUGAAACAACUAAUAAGAGACAAGACAUGACAACCGGGUUCAUGACCAAGGAAGAACAAAAGAUUGAACCGGACAAUUUGGAUGAAGAAGGCCCAAGGGACGGGGAGGUCCAAAUUACAGGACCCAAAGGACCAAUCAUGGUGUUCUGUCCAUGGUCAGUAAAAGACUUAAAAGAAGCCAUGACUCGUCUGCCCCAACCCAAAGACUCUGGAGGCAAAUUCGCUGCCGAACUACUGGUCUUCUGUCAGGACCUCAAAUGUCUUCUCAUGCUCAAAUUGGGCACAAAGGACUGGCAAAAAGUUAGACCACACUUUCCAGUAAACAAUGCCGCCAGAAUACAUGUGGAAUGGGCUCACGAUUACAACAGACCAUAUCGAAAUGCAGUGGAACUUUUGUGUCAACGUGUUAAAACUGCAUUUCCAGUGAGAGUGGACAUCGCAAAGAUUAACUCUUGCAUACAGGGUAAGGAUGAGCUUGUAAUGGACUAUUAUGAAAUACUGUAUGAGACUUUCAAGAAGUACAGCGGAAUAGCAGAACCAGCGAACAGAGGAGACCCACCUAACAUUUGGGAAUCAUACUUGAACAGCAGUUUUCUGAAUGGACUAAGACCUGAACUGAGUGCUGCAGUAAAACAGAGCUGCAUUGGAUGGAACGAGGCCAGGGUGGAAAUCAUCAGAAAGCAUGCAGUACAUGCAGAGGAAUAACACAAGGAGAAACAGAAGAAGAAAAAGGAAAAGGCUGACAAAGAACUGCACGCGGCCAUGUAUGAAGCUGUGCACAUGAGUGCCGGCAGAGGACGUGGAAUGUGGAAAACUGAUCCGGAUAUCUGUUUCCGCUGUGGAGAAAAAGGACACUGGAAGAAUGAAUGCCUUAACAACUGAAUGGUGACUGAGGUGACUAAAACCAAGACAGACUGGAGGGGCUGGAGGAGAGGGGGUGACCACCAGCAGCCCUGCAGGAGUGAGGAAUGAGAGACAUGCAAAUGCAAGUUCGCUUACUAACCCAUCUGCUAACAACAGCAAUGAAGACCUGCUCGCUUGCUUGAAUCAUUGUAUUUCCAAAUUAGAAGAAGCCAACAAAAAGGUAGGCACUUAUGUUCAUUUAGUAUAGCAUAAAGACAACUGCCACAAGUAAGACUGUGGUGACUUUCCUUAUAGACAGUGAAGCUGCAACUUCCCCCAAGCUUGCUACAUGUAUUAGAGAUGUCUAUGCCUCACAAAAACAGCUGAAUGCUUUCUUGCCCUACGAGAAUGAUGGUAUGUUUUGAAUCCUAGCGAAUGAACAUACUUGAAGUCAAAUAUAGGGAAUGUACAUACUGAUGUGAUCAAAAAAUUAUCGAAAGGGGAAAGAAUGUAAUGGAAAUUUCUAUAUUUUUCUUUAUUUUCUUUUUUCUAUAUUUUAAAUUUUCUAUUUUCCAUAUGUUCUGUUUGCACAGGUGUUGGCCUUUAGUAUUUUCUCUGUGUAUGUGACUAAAACUUCUGUCAGCAUUUCUCUAAUAGGGGAAUGGCUAUGACCAGUUAGAAAUAAUCUGAGAAGAUACUGUUGAAGGUCAAAGUCGAUGCUUGGACAGCAUUCUUGCAAAAAUUAAAGGGCCAAAGAGAAAUCCUAUGACUGGUUUUUCACUCUCGUUCUGACAUUUAAUAAGAUUUAGAAUUUUUCCACAGCUGAAGUAACAACAACGACACUGAGGAACAGUAUCAUUGGAAUCACUUUCAAAUAACUUUUUCCAGCUAAUGAACGAUAAAAGCCAUUCAAAGUGGCUUCCUAUUUUAAAACAUAUGCUGCAAAUACGCUCACACAAUCACUCUUAGAAAAAACAUUUAAAAACGUUAUAGUUCAUUGGUGUGGACACUAAUAUAAUUAUCAUAGAGUAUAUCGUUGUAUAUAGAUAUAAUUAGCAUUAUCAUUCUUGGUGUGAACGUGCCUUUAUACAAUUCAUCAUGUAUCUUUUUUGUAAUCUCUUACCAUACACAUUUUAUACACGUCACAUUUUGUCUCAUUUACUAAAAACUUCAUACAAAAGGAUUCUCAAAAUUUGUUAUUACUUCUACUGUUCAAUACUGAACUACA